AUCAAAAUAAGAAUACACUCAGUUUGUUGUUGAGGAGGUAAAUCAUAGUAGUUGUAAAGACACUAUAUAUAACAGGAUCCGUCAAACACAACAAAAGCAAUUGUAUAUAACAGCAACAUCUGUAUACAAAGUACAAUUGUAUAUAAUAUAAGAGCCUUCGUAUAUCACAAGAAUCAUUAAAACUAGAACCCAACAAAAGGCGCCGUAUAAUACAGUAAUCAUCAUAUAUAAAAAGAACCAUGAACAACAUACAGAAAGCAGAGGAGGAUUCUAUGGCAGCACCAAGCACGCCCACAAAAGGGGUAGACAAAAGUACGCCGAAAGCAAAAACAUCCAUUCUAUCCGAUUUCAAGAACAAGUCCAGAGAUCGCCCGGGAAGACCACAACAACAACAAGGUGGUAAAGCUGGUGAUAGUAGUAUAACGCUUGGGGAAAGAACUCCGAAUAUUAGUAUGUCUUGUAGUAUUAGUAACACGGGAAAUCCACAACAAGCGAGUAAAACUGGCAGUGAUUCUGGGAGAACGAUUCCGAGUGCCAGUGAAUCUCAUACUAUCAACUCUGGUGUUAGUGGGCCUCAUAUCAAUACACCCACCAAAACACCUACCAAUACAUCUAGUGAUGAUAAAGAUAGAGGACCAGGGAAUAGUAGUUCGGUGAAAAGCAAACCUGGUAUUGGCAGUCCAGGCUAUAGUAAACUCAAUAGUAGCAAAUCUGGUAUUAGCAAUCCUGGUAAUACUAAACUAAACAGUAGUAAAUCUGGCGGGAGACAAAGGCGAGGCGGGUCGAAUGAGCAGACUAUGUGGUCGAGGAAGCUGUCAUACGUGCUCAGACACGGGGCUGAGAGAGAUGGUGUGCCAAUCGGUGCCGAUGGUUUUGUCAAAAUAAAGGACUUGACAUCACAUAAGAAGUUCAAGGGGCUUACGCUCGACAUCAUACAGCAAGUCGCAAAGCAGGACACAAAGGGGCGAUAUAAACUGGAGGAAAGAGACGGAGAGAUGCUAGUCAGAGCGAAUCAAGGCCACUCUAUAGCACAUGUGUCGGACUUAGAGCUCACACCUGUCCUAUCAGCAACAACGUAUCCGGUGUGCAUACACGGUACGUUCAGGAAAGCUUGGGAUCUGAUCAAGGAGAGUGGUCUGAAAACAAUGAACCGCAAUCAGAUUCACUGUGCGAGAGGAUUGCCAGGCGAAUCGGGGGUCAUCAGUGGCAUGAGAGCUUCUUGCCAAGUUCUCAUAUAUAUUGACAUGGCCGCGUCAAUUAAAGAUGGCAUGGAAUGGUUCGCGUCUGCUAACGACGUCAUUUUAACUAGCGGAUUUGAUGGCGUUAUCCCGCCUAUGUACUUCUCCUCAGUGGUGACAAAUAAAGGAGCCUCACUUCUCUGAGCGGAAACCAAGACAUGUAUUCACUUCUCCUUCUUUUCAAUUCUAUCUGGAAGAUACAGUGGAUUCUCUUUUUCAGACCCGAAUUCUAAGCUCUGAACACUGCCCUCGUGUCUACCGUUAAGGCUGGGCCAGC